UCAAGUAAGUUUGAAAACUAGGAACAGCACCAUGUCUCCCUUCACCGUGUUCGCCCUCUGCCUCCAGCUCUGCCUGAUUCAGUCCGUGCUGAGCGGUUCAAUCAAAAGCAGCUACAGCUCCGGCAGUAGCUGCGGCUCGUACGGCGGGGAGGGCUGCGGACAGGUGGGCGCGGCCGGCAACAUCGACGCGUGCGGCAAAACCUGCGUCGAGGGCUCCGUGCCCGUGCUCGGCUCCGUCUGCUUCGGCGGCUGCGCGCCCGCCUGCGGCUCCGUCUCCAUCUGCGGAAAAUGCUGCGGAUGCGGAUGCAAGUGACCUUUUUCCCGACGAUCUAAAACUUAUUCUAAAA